AUGAGGACAUUUAAAGUGUUUGAAGGCAGAGAGCUGGAGGACUCGGGACAUUGCUGGUCAGGAGGGCCCUGAAUGCCCAGUCUGAGCUUGUAAACAGGUGCUUGCAGUAAUAGACGUCAGGCAGUGAGCAGGAAAAUUACUGUGGCUGGGAAUAUUCUGGGAAGCCAUGGCUGUUAGAUUAAACCGGCUGAAAAGAGGCCUUUUUCUUCUGGGGACGCUCUUUAUGGUGUCCCAUAUUGUGCUCUCAGAGGAAGCGGUGAAUGCAGAGAAAGAAGUCACUUUCAGCCACGUCUACAGGAUUGACUCCGGUUGUAAGCAGGGUUCUCAAGUAGGUCAACUUUCCCAGGACCAGGCCUCAGAAGGACAGUUAGUCACAGUGAAUGGAGAGAAUGACAUUGUCUUUAAGCACAGCAUACGCCUCCAGCCGGCCGGUUGUGGAUGUGCAGAUUCGGAGGAUUUCAAAGCUCUGCUGUACCGUGUAAAUGGCCUGGAGGAGGAAGUCAACUACUUAAAGAGCCAGUGCGCUCAGGGCUGCUGCAAAGGAGGGUCAGGUGUGGACACUAGCUGCAGUGGGCAUGGCACCUACCAGCAGGACUCCUGCAGCUGUAAAUGUAACCCAGGUUGGGAGGGUCCAGACUGCUCCAUCUCAUCCUGCCCUGAUGAAUGCAAUGACAACGGGCGCUGUGUUGACGGACGCUGCGUAUGCUAUGAAGGCUACACCGGUCAUGACUGCAGCCAGCUCACCUGCCCCAAUGACUGUAAAGAUAAAGGCCACUGUGUGGAUGGGAAAUGUGUGUGCUUCAGUGGAUUCUCAGGAGAAGACUGCAGUAUUGCCACCUGUCCAAAUGACUGCAUAGGAAAUGGACGCUGCGUGGAUGGGCAGUGCAUCUGCGAUGAGGGCUUCUUUGGAAUCGACUGCUCAAUGGUUCUAGGACCAAAAGGCCUCCGUCUAAUCAAAGUCACAGAUGUAUCUCUGCUGGUGGAGUGGGAGUCUGUGAGAGGAGCCGAGUACUACAUCCUGUCCUACCAUCCAAAGGGAAAUAAGGGAGCCAUAAAAGAGGUCCAGGUGGAAAACACGAAAAACUCAUACCUAAUCACAGGCCUCAAACCAGGAGUCACGUACAUAGCGCAGGUGUAUGCUGUCAUCAGGGGCAUUAAUAGUGAAUCUGACCAGAUAACAGCCACAACCGAGGUCUCUGGUAUUGAAGGAAUCAAGGUGGUGAGCCAGACAGAAGACUCCAUCCAGGUGGACUGGAAGAAUCCUGGAGUUAUUGUGGACUACUUUAAACUGACCCAUGCAAGUCCUGAUGGCCAGGGAGGACAUGAGAAUGUGGUGAUGAGCCAGGAAGCCAGAACCAAGCACACCAUCGUAGGUCUCAACCCUGGAACAGAAUAUCAGAUAGGAGUGCAAGCAAUCAAAGGUGAAAGUGAAGGCAAGGCAUCGUUUGCUACAGGGGUCACAGACAUUGAUGCCCCAACCAAUCUGGCAACCAGGGAGGUGACGGAGAACUCUGCGACUGUGACAUGGGACGGUGUCCGAGCUGAAAUCGAUGGCUACAUGCUGACUUACAGCUCAGCAGAAGGCACCAGCCGAGAAAUUAAAGUGGCAGCAGGCGCCACAUCUUACCAGCUGACCUCUCUGAAGCCAGGAGUCCUGUACACAGUUUUCCUCUGGGCCUAUAAGGGUUCUCGUUCCAGCAGGAAGAGCAUGACUGAGGCUGAGACGGACAUAGAUGCUCCUACUAACCUCAUGACCAGGGAAGUGACAGAGGACUCAGCUUCGGUGACGUGGAACAAGGUGCAGGCUGACAUUGAUGGCUACAUGCUGAAAUACAGCUCUCUAGACGGCUCCGGCCAGGAAGUUCGAGUAGGAGCUGACAGCACCUCCUACAGGUUCACGGGUCUCAAGCCUGGUGUUCUCUACACAGUCUAUGUGUGGGCCAUCAAAGGCGCUCGCUCUAGCAAAAAGAGUUCGACAGAAGCAGAAACAGAAAUAGACGCUCCUACUAACCUCUUAACCCAAGAGGUGACAGAGGACUCAGCUUCGGUGACGUGGAACAAGGUGCAGGCUGACAUUGAUGGCUACAUGCUGAAAUACAGCUCUUUAGACGGCUCCGGCCAGGAGGUUCGAGUAGGAGCUGACAGCACCUCCUACAGGUUCACGGGUCUCAAGCCUGGCGUUCUCUACACAGUCUCCGUCUGGGCUGUGAAGGGCUCGCGUUCAAGCAGAAAAGCCAACACAGAAGCUGAAACAGAGAUUGAUGCCCCCAAGAACCUCAAAGCCACUGAUGUUCAGACUCAAACCUCCACUCUAACAUGGAAAGCUCCUCAGGCUAAUAUUGAAGGCUACAUCUUGACCUACAGAGCUGAAGACGGCAGCAUGCAGACUGUGGACAAAACGUUGACUGCACGAGAGAGCAGAUUUGCUCUCUCAGGCCUUGAAAUGGGAAAGAAGUACAUUGUCACCCUUAUUGCCUACAGAGGCUCAAAGAGGAGUAAAAUAGUGGAGACAACAUUCAGUACAGUUGGUCUGGCCUAUCAGUUCCCGAUGGACUGUACUCAGAUCAUGAGGAAUGGGAACAUGGAGAGUGGCGUGUACACAAUCUACGUCAAUAACAACCGCAGCAGAACCAUGCAGGUGUACUGUGACAUGAAAACUGAUGGCGGCGGUUGGAUUGUCUUCCAAAGAAGAAACUCCGGCAAAGUAGAUUUCAUGAAGAAAUGGAGAGACUACAUGAAAGGCUUUGGAGAACUGACAGAUGAAUUUUGGCUUGGCUUGGACAAGAUCCACGAACUGACCAACACUCCAACACAGUAUGAGGCGCGUUUUGAUCUGGGCUCGGGAUCAGAUCGGAAAUAUGCUGUCUAUGAUAACUUCAAAGUAGCUCCAUCCAAACAGAAGUUCAAACUUACCAUUGGCAGCUACAAGGGAAAUGCUGGUGACGCCAUGACCUACCACCAGGGGGCGCCUUUCUCCACGGUCGAUUCAGACAAUGACAUUGCUCUUGGUAACUGUGCUUUGACCCACCAAGGUGCCUGGUGGUACAAAAACUGCCAUCUGGCCAAUCUCAACGGCAGAUUUGGGGACAACAGACACAGCAUGGGUGUAAACUGGGAGCCAUGGAAGGGGCAUCUCCAGUCUCUGGACUUUGCAGAGAUUAAGAUCCGGCCAGUGGGAGCAGCAGGCAGACAGAAGAGAUCACUCAAAAGAAGAGUAGCGGCGUACUGACAAUCACUUGGCAGAAACAACGAGAUGUUUUAUUGAAAUCCACAACGUCCAUAUAGGAGUUGGAUCAAACCAGGUUGAAAUCGGUUCUUUAUAUCAGGAAAGCCACUCUAUGCUGUAGAUUAUAAGCUGUAUUUUGUAUCGUGUUAAACAGGCAGAUUUGAAAUAGUACAUGCUUUACUUUUUUACUAUACACACACACUGUAUAUGAAAGAAAUCCAAACACAAGUCAAAAUUUGUAGCAUGACUCAUUUGUCAUUCUUGACCCAGACAGUAUUUUUAUCACAAGUAUACUGUAUUAGGAGCUUCACAAAACCUAUUUUAUUUCAUUUCAAGUGUUUUGAACCAAAGGACUGUAUACUAUAUAUUUCCUGAACUUUUGAAAUGGAGUUUAAGUAUUUUUGUCCAUCAUAAUAGAUUGCGAUUUUAAGUAAAUUCAAUUGUCAUGCAUAAAAAGAAGCUGUUUUAUAAAUGUUGUUAAGCUAUAAUGUCCUCCAUCUGGAUGUGUACUGUAGUUGUACUAUAAUUCCUGACACAGACACCAAAUGAAGUGUCACAUAUGUUUUACAGAAAUAAAGUUUGUUGAAAUAAAAAGCAUUUGGAAUCCUUUACAA